AUGUCGCACAUCUUGGAGCCUUUAGACGCUCCCUCAUCUUAUCGAGACUCGCGUUCAGCGGCUUCCAAAGCAGAACAACACGCGCAACUUCGUGCCACCUCCACCCUCUACCUCGGCAACCUCUCAUUCUACACCACCGAGGAACAGAUCUAUGAGGUGUUCGGUCGCGUUGCGUCCCUUUCCACCGGCGGCGGCAUCAAACGUAUCAUUAUGGGUCUCGAUCGUUACGCUAAAACCCCCUGCGGUUUUGCUUUUGUCGAAUUCUACACCCAUGCAGAAGCGGUAGACUGCAUGCGUUACGUCUCAGGCACAAAACUCGACGAGCGCGUGAUCCGAUGCGAUCUCGAUCCAGGCUACAAGGAGGGAAGACAGUACGGUAGAGGAAGGAGCGGUGGUCAGGUGAGAGAUGAAUACAGACAAGAGUACGAUGCAGGAAGAGGUGGAUGGGGACAUAACAGGCUGAAAGAGGAAGAGGAGAGAAAGAGGAUGGAAGCAGAGCAGGCGAGGAGGUUGGAGAGAGAACAGUUGUAUCAGGAAACGGCAGGGAUGGAUAUGGGUGGUGGUGGAAUGGUGCCGACCGGUGCAGAGCAUAUGUAUAGUGAAUUGGAGGGUGAUGCGAGAGGGCAUGACGGUGCCAUGUCAGGUGCGGGAGCGGCGGGGUGGGAUGAGGAUGGGAGGGGAGGUGUUGGGGGGUUGGCUCAGGGUGCGAAGAGGGAGAGGAGUUACGAUGAUGAGGAGGAUCAGGAGCUUUAUGGGCAUUCUGAAAAGAACCCGAGGUUUAGAGAUAAUGACGAUGCAGAAGAAGUCUAA